AUGGAAGUGGAUUCUCUCAAUAGUGCAGCGUUGUUUGAGGAUGAAGGCAAUGGUAUGUCAAAAAAUUGUGACAGAACAGGUUCUGAUGGUCAUCAUGAUGUGGAAAAUGAAAGGAAGGAACCUGUCCCACCAUGUGUAGGAAUGGAAUUUGACUCGUAUGAUGCUGCUUAUGACUUCUACAAUUGUUAUGCUAAGGAACUGGGAUUUGGCACUAGAGUUAGAUGCUCAUGGUUUAACAAAAAGAAUAGAGAGAAAUGUGGUGCCGUACUCUGUUGCAGUAGGGAAGGUUUCAAACAGAAGUGCGACACAACGCGUCCAAGAGCAGACACAAGAACUGGUUGUCCAGCUUUGCUGAGACUAAGGUUAAUGGACUCUGGAAAUUGGAGAGUGACUGAAGUGAGUCUUGAACAUAACCAUUUACUUAGUCCAGCCAAUAUACAACUUUAUAGAUCACAUAAAAACUUUGGUGCUGGAGUCAAAAGAAAAUGUCAGUUAGAUUAUAAAGGAAUUCAAACAAAUAACUUGUAUCAAGUGCUUCCCCUGGAUGUAUUGGGUUAUGAAAGCAUACCUUUAGAUGAAAGAGAGGCCUUGCAUUGUGCUGAUCCAAGCAUAAGGUUAAAGCUGAAAGAAGGAGAUGCACAAGCUCUUUCAAAAUUUUUUUGCCGCAUGCAAUUGAUGAUCCCAAAUUUCUUUUGCUUGAUGGAUCACAACAAUGAAGGACAUUUAAGGAAUGUGUUCUGGGCUGAUGCUAGGUCUCGGACAGCUUAUCAUUACUUUGGUGAGGUUGUUGCAGUUGACACUGCAUGCUUGACAAGCAACUAUGAGAUACCAUUGGUGUCAUUUCUUGGAGUAAAUCACCAUGGGCAGUUAGUGUUAUUGGGUUGUGGUUUGCUUGCAAGUGAGACAGGCCAUGCAAAGAGCAGUCAAUUUAGCAUUUCCAACAUCUUGUCAUCAUCUUUCUGUUGCCACAUCACGCAGAAGGUUCCGGAGAAAUUGAGAGAACUGGGUGAGUAUGAAGCAAUCAAACGUGCAUUGAGUAGAGCUGUUUAUGACUCUUUGAGAAUGCAUGAAUUCGAAAAUGCUAUUGGGAGGAUAUGA